AUGUCUAAACGGAAAGUGUUAACGUUGGAUGAUAGAGCUCGUGUGUUGGAAUUAAGUAAGAACAAAAGUGCUCGUAAAUUGACUGAAGAAAUGGGCGUAGGAAAAACCCAGAUCCAAAACAUUCUGAAACGGAAAGCAGAAGUGUUGGAGGAUAUUGAAAACAAUGUUUCAGGUGAUCGUAAACGUGCGAGGAGAGUAACUGUUCACGAAGAUGUAAACAAUUUGGUAUAUGAGUGGUUUAAGGACGUGACUGCUAGGAGAAUGCCCGUGUCUGGGCCUAUCUUGUGCACUCAAGCUCUUUAA